AUGGUGUCUAAAGUGGAGGAAGCAAAGAAGAAGAAUAGGGUGCUGCAGCAGUGGCACAAAGAGAUUGAAUGCAACAAAGGGAAAAUGGGGAAGUUCAAGAGAAGCAGCUCCAAGAUGGAGGAAGAUGGUGCUUCUUCUGCCAUUCUCUUGCUUGCUUGCAUAGCUUUUU